UCAGUAAAUGUGAUCUAUUUCCAUCUGUGGAAUAUGGAUCAUAAUGCAGAUUGAAUCAAGAGUGUCCAGUGAUUUAUUUUGCUCUGAGUUAAGAUACAGGCUCCUUGCUGGCACAGUACAACCCUUUGUUAUGUCUACCACAUCCAAGUGGAGAAAAUCAAUGUUAUGUCACUGUAGCUUCACAAGCGUGUUGAUGAAAUGAGCUUUAUCCAUGUGGGAGGGUCUUAAAGUUGGUUUUAGGAUAGUCUUCCUGUAUAUAACAGGUGUACAUGUUAAAUAUUUGAUUUUCUAAUUUUCAGUAUCUGCAAUCGCUGACAAAUGAGAAAUGUGUGUUCUAAUGGAUGAUGCAAAAUGUGUAUUUGUCUAGUUUUUUAAUUUUCUGGAUCCCUCCAGAAAACAAACUGGUUCAGCCAGCUUAAUGAGGGUUUCCUGGUGUGCAGAACUUUUUAAAUAAAUUAUAUAAAACAAAAAUCUUAAUAAUAGGAUUAGGGUGAAAGAGUGGCUAAUGGUUGCUUGCACCAGGGCUAACACCCAUAGCUAUUUAUAGGGGCUGGUCUCGAGGUACUGUAGAGAGAUCUGAAGUUAAAAAGACUUCUCAACUUCAGUUACUUGGUUUAAAGUGCGAUCGCUCGGGGGAGACGCCACUUGCAAUGCAUUGCCAUGUUCUGCCAGCUAUGAGAAAGCUUGCAUGCGAUCCUUUCUUCACAUGCACUGAAUGAUGAGAGCCAUGCUGCAGAGUGGAAACUGACCCACUGACCGUCAGCACAGCCAGCAUUGAUCUCUAAAGGACAUAUUCCUGUUUAAAAGAGGGCAUGAUCAUGUGAAAUCCAUUCAGCCCUGCAUGAAGUUCAACAUCAUUUGUUGCAUGUACAAUAAACGUAUUUCCAUCAUCCAAGCCACCACCAAAGGCAGUGCAGCAAUAACAGAAAGCUCCCCAGUAGAAGUCGAGGUAGUGCGGGAGGAGAGUGUCACCAGUUCCAAGCAGCACUUCAUACGACACAUUCUAGAAAACCAUGCCAUCCACCGGGGACUCAGUUUGACAGCCUUAUCUGCAAGGGACCGCAGGCGGCUGCUAAGACAGCAGGAGGAUGCUUGCCGUCUUAAGGAAAUGGAUGACAAGAAUAAGGAAAACCUCCCUUGCCAUGCAGUGGAGGUUCAGCUACGAUUCAAAGAAACCACGCCACACGCCGAAAAGAAAGCUUUGGAGGACUUGGAGAAAAUCAUUGAAGACAGUUUCAAGUCUAAAAGAUCCAAAUCAAGCUCCGAGACAAAUACAGAGCACGACCAAGAUUAUAGCCAGGACAUGGCGAAUAAAAUGCAGAGCUUGUCAGCAUAUCAAAUGAACGCUGGGCUGUCAGAAUCCAGGCGCAUUCAAAAUGCUUCAUUCCAGGCUAAAGAAAUAUUGGAUUUUCAGAACAGCACGGCGCACUCACUGACUGAAGACACAGUGGAACUUCAGGAUUUCAAUGAGCUGGUGGAAGACGAUCCGACGGGGAGCACUCAGCUGCAGCCAUCUGCAGACAACACCACCCCCGCUGCUACUGAAGAAAGCAAUGCUUCAAGCAAGGGCACCAUCCAGGACGACAGCUCUUUACUGAAACUACAGGACUUGGAAGUUGAUCUGUGCUCCUCAUUUCUGCCAGCGCAGGAAGACAGUGCCCAGGUACAGAACCCCAAGGAGCACAGAUUGCAAGCGGGACUCGCUGCACAGGGAGAGGAUGCUAACACUGGAGAGCCCCAGCCAGCCUUCAGAAACUGUCAGAAUGAAGCUGACAUCCAAGCUGAAGCACAGCAGUACCCCGGGACCAGUCGGCUCCUCCACCACAUCACUGACGGAGACAAUCCCCAGCCCUCACCACGCUGCCCCAGCUUCAGCCAGAGCCAGCGAUUCAACACCGACCCAGAGUCCGCCCCCUCUCCGCCCUGCUCUCAGCAAUUCAGAAUGUCACGGGGCAUUGUCAGGGGAGAUUCCCCAGAGACUGCGAAAGAGCCUGUGUCGGUGACACUACUGAAAAAACACAUUCAGAACGCAAAGAAGAAAAUCGGGAAAUAUGAAGAGACGUUUGAGCAAGAAAGGAAAUACAGGCCUUCACAUAAUGAUAAAACAGCAAACCCUGAAAUCUUCAAACUGAUGAACGACCUGGCCAAAUCUCGCAAACAACUCAAAGACCUCAAACUGAAAAAGUCUGUGAAAGAACUUUGUGAACUGGGGAGCCAACAGAGAGAGUUGAGCAGUGUGAACUCUGGCCAACAGGGGGCAGUAGAGCUACAGCAGAAACCUUGCCUGGAGGAAACGGUGGAGUCUUUGAUAAUGAGACUGAAGGAGAAGCGCACAGCACUCGGCCUGCCAGAGAACAUGAAGGAAAUGACCCAAAAGCAAAUGGCUUUGGAAAAAGUUGCCCUGCAGAAAUGCCUGUUGUAUUUUGAGAGCCUUCACGGACGGCCGGGAACCAAACAGGAACGGAAUCUUAUGAAACCACUUUAUGACCGAUACAGAAUGAUCAAGCAGUUUCUGUGUGCGACGUCUUCAAUUACUACCAUUGAAGAAGAGGGAUCUGAUGAAGAGAAUAUGCAGCACAACCCACUACCACCUUCCAGAAUAAUAUCCCAGAAUUCUUCCGACGAGUCUUUGUGUCCCUAUGAGGAAGACAAUGAGCCAGCCUUUGUAUCCCCUUUAGAUGAGAUGAAAGCUGUCAGACAGAACGCUGUUACCAUGUCCAAUUUACACGAGGCCUCCAUGCCGGAGUUGCUGGAGCACCUUCGAGAAACCAGAGCUGAAAAGAAGAGACUUCGAAAAGCUUUGAGAGAUUUUGAAGACCAAUUUUUAAGACAAGUGGGGAGGGCUGCACAGAAAGAGGACCGAAUUCCCAUAGCUGAAGAAUACUCUGAGUUCAAACAAAUAAAAGCAAAACUUAGAUUACUGGAAGUCCUCGUCAGCAAAAGGGGAGCUGCACAGACUACGUGAGAAGAAUUUCCUGCUUCGUUAAUUGAACAUUUUUGGAACGGUUGAGAUGUUUGCAUUGACAAAUGUUUUAUAUGUAAAUUGAUCGUGCCAUACAGACACUACGAAGCACUUUAAUAACAACACUGGUUGAGAAUAAAAAGACAGCAAGAAAUUCAACGGUUGCCAAGCAACAGAGAUUACAUUUAACAGUUGUUUGUGACAAACCGAUACUCACAGCUUGCCUAAUUAAGUAGCUAGUUCUAAAUGCUGGUUUGUUGUGCAAUGGUACCAAAAAAAAAAAUGGUAGAAACAGAACUGGUAAGUGUUUUUACAAUAGUGGUCUUCAUUCAUAUACGUAUAAAUACAGCAAUUUAUUUUUACUUGAAGGGAAAACUAAAGUAUUUCCAAAAGAUGCGGUUUCCUCGUUACUGUAUCAUGUGUUAACACGUUUUGUAAUCUUAAUGUCCAGCUACGGAGGGUUUCAGGGUACUGUAAAACAGGAUUUUUUUGCGGCAACUUAAUUUCGCUAAUGGCCUUCAAGGUCAAUAUUUGCUGCAAUAAAUGUUUGCACUUCUUUUUCUUUUAAUAUAUGGCACAGUAUUUGCAUCCUUUUUUCUAUUUUGAAACCCUCUGUGCAAAAAAAAAGAUUACAUACACAGUGGCAAAUGGAUAUUUGAAAGGCUAUCUUUCUGUAAUCAGUGAACCUGUUUUGUGACACUUUGAUCAUAACACCAUCUUCACUGGCAAAUUGCUGUAUAGCCCCAUGGUUCACUUAAAAUCCUAAGAUUCUGGAUAUACCUCUUUGUGAAAUGCAUGGCUUCAAAUUAUUCUCGAAAAAGCUUCUAUAAAACUUCAAUUUUGAAGCAACCCCUUAUAACAUGUCAGAACCUUGAGCAAGCUGACGAUGUAAACCUACAAUACAUUUCUGAUUACUAAAUUGUCAUAUUUUCCUGUUCUAUUUUUAAUCUCGAAUGAAUCUGAAGUAUGGUGCAGUUACAAAUACAGCAAUAUGCCCAAUAGAUUGCAUCUACUACUGAAGAUAAAGGUUCAUUAAAUAAUUGUUCUCUGUUUGCAAUUCUGACUACAAGCUUUAAUGAAAAAAAAAAAGUUUAACUGCAACACAAAAACAUUUGUUAAAAUAUUUGGAGAAACCACAUCCUUGGAGUACAGUAUAUGCAUGUCAGUAACUUAAACUGUGCUUUAAUGAUCAGAUAUAUGCUAUGUAGAUUUUGUUGUUUCUUUUUUACAGAGUAUGCGAUUACCUAGAUAAUGUCAUUUAAAAUCAGUCUUUCACAUUUUUGAUGAAUUGAUUUCAAGCUAGCUUGUCAAUGUUGGCUUUGUGGAAGUAAUC